AUGGAGCCCGAGGAAUCCGAUCAUGAGGGACGCCAGGGGCCAAGCACGCUGGUCCGACGUGCGUGUGAUCAAUGCCGCCUCAGAAAGAUCCGAUGCGAUAAGCGCACACCAUGUUCCAACUGCCGUAGCUCCAGCAUUGCAUGUCGAUCUACCGGCGAAGGCCAGAAGCCAUCAGAGCCCCGGCGGCGGGUUUUAAUUUCAAAUCAAUAUGAGAAAAAGAUCGAUUUGAUCGAGGAACGCCUGGCAAGCAUUGAAAGUACUCUCCAACAGCUAGCAAAAAAUACAUCUCAACUACAAGGCCUCACAGCGCCAAACCCGCGCGAGUCUCAUUUCGCCCCUUCGUCUCAGAAGUCAACCCCUUCGCAGCCGUCAUUCGCUCCAGGGAACACUGGAAAGCCCAAGGGCCCUUUGUAUUUAGCGAAUCCUACUAUCGAGCAGCACGAUUCCAGCUCUGGCUUUGAGGGUAGCUCAUCUCUGACUGCCCAUGGGGCCUACGCGAGUGCGUUCCUUGAAUCUGCCGUGUCCAAAAGCUCGCCGCAGGUUUUGUCUAGUCCCAAGAUCAACGCGGCUCUCUCGUCGCUGAAGCAGCUUGUCGGGAUCCAGAGUCAGCGGCGAGAAACGGGCUUAGAGGGGGGUCAACUUCCCACCAAUAAUGCGAGGUUAGGUGUGAGACGCGACAUUCGUGAUCUAGAGAUGCCGCCUCUACCAGUGGUUCUAGACAUUUUGAGAAAGAUUCAAGAAACACCACCGGCCUGCUUUGGUGGCUAUGUCCCCUUCAUGAGUGUGAAAUAUUUCACCGAAAAAUGCCGUGAAGUUUACUUCUGCAUAGACGAUUACUCUGAUGCGGCAUUUGUUGUAACCAACUUUUGUCUGUACAGUGUUUUCUACGAAUUUGGUGGCAUGGAGAAAGACUCCACUAUGCGAGAAGAGCACCAGAACUACAUUGAGAUAUGUCGUGACAACCUGGAGACAGCGCUUGCCAACUUGAACAUCUUGAUGCCUGCAACCCAUGAAUCGAUCAUGGCGUUAGCUCUAGGAGCUAUGCAUGCGCUGGAGAUUUCUAAACCAUCAGUUGGCUGGACGCUAGCAUCGACGGCCAUGAAUCUGUGCCAGACCCUGGGGUAUCAUCGCUUUACCUCAAUGGAGCACGACCCCGUACCAGUCCAACGCCAAAAGCAGCUUCUAUUCUGGUCUGUCUACACAAUUUUAAGUAUGAUGUCCCUGCGUUUAGGACGUGCCUCUUCCAUCCAGAACUACGAUAUCAGCCUGCCAAUGCCCGAUGAGAACGUAGAUGUUCCCAAGCCAUGGGGGCCCGUCUGCAUGUUGUGGACUAAAUCGGCAAUCAUCCAGUGUGAUAUCUAUCGAUGUUUGUAUAGCCCAGAGGCACUACAGAAAUCAGAAAGCGAACGAGUCGCACAUGCUUAUAGAUUAGCCGCUGAGAUGCAGUCGAAGGUUAUGGAGCCGUUUGAGAAAUUCAUGUUGGCCGAUCAUAAAAUAUCCGAGGUCGACCUCAUGUACCUCGCAACUGACAAGGUCAAUCGACUGGCCAUCAUGACCCUGAUCUACCGAGCAAUUCCAGCAUCAACAGACUCAGGCCGUGUGGCCACCUUCAUACCCGAAUGCAUCGAGACAGCCCGGGAAGCCCUGGAAAUCCACCGACAGUGCGUUGCAGCGCUCAGCGAGACAGACAAUUUCAUGAAAAUAUCCUAUAUGCACUGGGCCCUCCUCAUGUCCCCUUUUGUCCCCUUCAUCGUAAUAUUCUGCAACAUAAUAACAACCUCUAACGCCGACGACCUCGCCCGACUCGAAGAGUUCAUCGCCUCUCUCCAACCUCUAAGCACCUUCUCCCAGUCCAUUGACCGACUGCACACCCUGUGCUCAGUGCUCGGCACCGUCGCCCGCCUUUACUUCGAAGCCAACACCCGGACCCAGACAGCCGCAGACCAAGACCAAAAUAUCAAUGAGGUCGGUCAGGAAUUCGAUGUCUAUCUCAGUGCGCUCGGACUGGCCCCUACGAAUCCUAUGAAUCCUCCGAACAGCGGUAAUUCCCAGAUGGGAAACUCGCAGGGAUAUUUCCAGGAUAAUCCUAGCAUCCAUGUUAGUUCAGCGGAAUCGUCGCAGCAGAAUGUGGGUGGUUUCUCGGCACCGGUCGAUCCAUCUCAAAUGCAGGGACAGGACUCGGGGACUGCUGCGCAAUUGGGGAAUUGGUUUUGGGGGAAUCAGUAUAUGAUGGGGCUUUUGCAGGAGGAUUUGUCGCAGUUUGGGCCGGGAUGGUCGUGA